AACCUGGGUCCGCGUGCUUCUGCGUCCUUAUCAGGAGUACCUUCGCCGGUUCUUCACUAGUUGAGUUGGCGAUAGUCCAGGGCCUCAUGGCUACUCCUAUUCGCAGUGAUCUUCCUUCCCUGGAGGUGUUGAGAAAGCGGCAUGAGGACACAUCUUGGGAUCGCGAUCAGCUUUCGUUAGCCAGGUUUCAGGGUUGUGAAGACCCUUGCUCUGUCCUGCUCGGCCACUUCGACCUGAGCCUUAUCAUAGCUCAAGCAGACCACAUCAGGGAACAUAAAGAGUGGCGAGAAUUCUUUACUCUUACAUUCCAAAUGCCGCAAAUGUGGUGGGCACAUUGCUGCAAGAAUUCAAACGGCUACUUCGGAUGCGAAAGCACUAGGAAUCCAGAUGCGUCCUUCAGCGGCUACAACACGUGGUUAAAAGCACUGGUCAAGCAGACGUACGAGAAUUCUCCGAAAGGCCAAAAGGACUACAUCUGGCUCAAAUACAACAUUUUCACCCGCUGGUUACCUGCUACGAAGCAGACUGUCAUACUGAUUUUCGAUCCGAAACCUGCUGUGAAAGAUCGCUUACUAGCUCCCGAGUUGUAUCGCGUCGACCCUUUAGCUUCGACUGACCCUUACUGGAUUCAUGGGAUCUUGCUCGAAGAACUACUACAGCUCCAGGAUAACGCUGUGUGGGGCAUUCGAAAUCUCGUCAGACAGACCGAAAUCCAUCGCAGUUCUCCUAACUCCCCGCAUCCGGACUUCCUCCGUCUGCACGAUAUUGCUCGGCAUGCAAUUCAUGUGUCCGAGACACUGGACCUUGCGGUCACCACAGUAGAGAUGAUGACAGCCUCUCAUGAUGCCUUUAUUCGCUCUCAGCACGCAACCGACGAGGCCACCAGGAACACGCAGAACCGGCUCCAAUCCAGGCUUCAGUUCUACAACCACAUGACUCGCAGCCUUCGCUACCGAGCGGCUUCGAACAAAGAACGCUUGAGUAAUGAGAUCCAAUACGCCUUCAACACAGUCACGCAGUAUGAUUCCCGCAUCGGUGUCGAGAUCGGUCGAGCCGCUCAAUCAGACAGCGCCGCUAUGAAGACAAUCGCGUUCUUGACCCUGACGUUCUUACCGGCGACCUACAUCUGUGCCAUUUUCAGCAUGUCAUUCUUCAAUUACAAUCCUGAUACUGGCGAGUGGAGAGUGGCAAAAGACUUUUGGGUAUACUGGGUGGUCGCAGUGCCGAUCACCUUCAUUACGGCGUUGUUAUGGUCUUUCUGGCAUAAGUUCUUCCCACAGAAGCUUGUCGGUGAGGAGAAGUUGCCAGCAAGACGAAGGGAGAUUGCAAAGCACGAAUUGCACGAUCUCAAGGAGAAGUUGGCCGGCCACAGUUCGGGUGCACCAACUGAGAGCAAAGUGUAAACCAUGACGACUCUGUUCAUGUACCUAAGUAGAUAGGGCGUUUCGUCGCCACUGAGCUCGUAGCAGACAACGCAGCUAUAUUUCCUU